AUGCAUCUUUCGGAUAUUAUUUACCUAUGGAACGAUGGCUUGGAAACAGCCAGUCUUGAGAUUGCCACCAUAGUGCAGUCGACUGUGUCCACGUCCCCAAUGCGCAUGCUUCGAUACGGCGCGAUACCGCCGGACGAGUUUCUGGCUUGGCUGACAAGGGGCAUUCGAGCAGAUCUGGAGGAAGAAGCGACGCAUCCAAGGAUAAGGUGGAUUGACUCUAAGAUUGGAGACCGCAACGUGGUUCGCUGUGAGAGUCUAGUUAUCAAAGAUCAUGAUUUAAAGUCGUUGCAGGUCCCGAACGGGACACAGCAGAAGGAUGAACUGGGCCGCAUUGUGGCCCAUGCCGCAUUCUUGUACCAUCCCCCUGUUGAGAGUCGGGCCCACGGUGCAGAAGGACAACAGAAAAUGGGGAAGGAUCUGAAUCCCUUGCCAGCGUCGGGUCAUCGAGAACUACAGCAUCACUUUAACAUGGCCGUUGAGAGUGCGCUGAGAGCACACUUUGGUGGGAUGCACUGCUUCGAGGUCAGAGAACUUAAUGUGCUUGCACCUGAUUACUGGCGAAAGGGGAUCGCAAGCAAACUCCUCAACUGGAUCAUCGCAAAGGCGGACCAAAAGAACAUUCCAAUUGUCCUCGCUGCAACACCCCCUGGCUAUCCUCUCUACCUGAAGCAUGGAUUUGUGGAGGUUGAAGACGAGAACAAAAUUGUUGAGUGCGACAUGAGCGAAUGGGGAGGGACAGGUAUUCACAGACAUGUGCUUAUGAUCAGAGAACCGAAGUCAACAAAUACAGAGGCCGCUGAUCCGGGAGGGAGUCAUGCUGCAUGCUGA